AUGCUGUUUGAUCAUAAAAAUCGCAGUGCUUUAACAUCAUUGAACACCCCUGAUAUUGCCUCUUUGUCGAUAUCUUCGAUGUCAGACUAUCACGUGUUCGAUUUCCCCGGGAAGGACUUACAGAGGGAGGAAGUCAUAGAUUUGCUAGACCAGCAAGGUUUUAUUCCGGAUGAUUUAAUCGAGCAGGAAGUGGACUGGUUUUAUAACUCACUGGGUAUUGACGAUCUGUUUUUCUCCAGAGAGUCUCCCCAAUUAAUCUCCAAUAUUAUCCACUCGCUUUAUGCGUCCAAGCUAGAUUUUUUUGCGAAAUCAAAGUUCAACGGCAUUCAGCCAAGACUGUUCAGUAUCAAAAACAAAAUCAUCACUAAUGAUAACCAUGCUAUCUUUAUGGAAUCUAAUACUGGCGUCAGUAUAAGUGAGUCUCAACAGAAAAACUUUAAAUUUGCUAACAAUUCCGUCGGAAACGACACAUUGGAGCAUGCUAAGGAUACAAUUGAAAACAAUAAGACUCAAAUGAGUGAUUCUUGCCCACCUUAUGAAUUGGAUUCUGAAAUUGAUGAUCUUUUCUUAGAUAAUAAAUCCCAAAAAAACUGCAGACUGGUAUCCUUUUGGGCUCCAGAAAGCGAAUUAAAGCUAACUUUUGUUUAUGAAAGUGUUUUCCCCAGUGAUGAUGCUGCUGCCGUAGAUAUUUCUUCUCAAGAUUUGUUAAAAGGCCACAUUGAGUCUAUUAGUGAUAAGACCAUGUUUAAAGUCUCUUCUAGUGAAAACAAAAAACUGUACGGUCUUUUAAUCAAGCUAGUUAAGGAAAGAGAGGGCCCUGUUAUCAAGACUACUCGCUCUGUGGAAAAUAAAGAAGAAAUUAGAUUAUUGGUUGCCUACAAAAGAUUCACUACCAAGCGCUAUUACUCGGCUUUGAACUCUCUGUUUCACUAUUACAAAUUGAAACCUUCUAAAUUUUAUUUGGAAUCAUUCAAUGUUGAAAAAGACGACAUUAUCAUCUUUUCCGUAUACUUGAACGAAAAUCAACAGUUCGAAGAUGUUUUAGUUCAUGAUGUGGAAGCAGCAUUGAGACAAAUUGAAAGAGAAGCUUCUUUGUUGUACGCUAUUCCAAAUAACUCAUUUCACAAAGUUUAUCAGAAACGUCAAUUUUCACCCAAAGAGGCAAUUUAUGCUCAUAUUGGUGCUAUCUUUAUUAACCACUUUGUUAACCGCUUAGGUUCAGACUAUCAAAACCUACUGUCUCAAAUCACCAUCAAGCGUAAUGAUACUACCCUUCUAGAAAUUGUGGAAAAUCUGAAAAGAAAGUUAAGGAAUGAAACGUUGACCCAACAAACUAUUAUUAACAUCAUGUCGAAGCAUUACACCAUAAUCUCCAAGCUAUACAAAAACUUUGCUCAGACUCAUUAUUAUCACGAUAAUAACAAAGAUAUGGAAAAAACGCUGUCUUUCCAACGUUUAGAAAGGGUUGAACCUUUUAAGAAUGACCAAGAAUUUGAAGCGUACUUAAACAAGUUCAUUCCAAAUGAUUCUCCGGAUUUGUUAAUUUUAAAAACCCUGAACAUUUUCAACAAAUCCAUUUUAAAGACAAAUUUCUUUAUAACAAGAAAAGUGGCUAUCUCAUUUAGAUUGGACCCUUCAUUGGUAAUGUCAAAAUUCGAAUACCCCGAAACUCCUUUUGGCAUUUUCUUUGUUGUUGGUAAUACUUUCAAAGGUUUCCACAUUAGAUUUAGAGAUAUCGCAAGAGGUGGUAUUCGUAUAGUCUGUUCAAGAAACCAAGAUAUCUACGAUUUGAAUUCCAAAAACGUAAUUGAUGAGAACUAUCAAUUGGCUUCUACCCAACAACGUAAAAACAAAGAUAUUCCAGAAGGCGGUUCUAAGGGUGUUAUAUUGUUGAACCCAGGUCUAGUAGAGCAUGAUCAAACCUUUGUUGCCUUUUCUCAAUACGUGGAUGCAAUGAUUGAUAUACUGAUCAAUGAUCCUUUGAAGGAAAACUAUGUGAAUCUUUUACCAAAGGAGGAAAUUUUAUUUUUCGGUCCCGAUGAAGGAACCGCAGGUUUUGUGGAUUGGGCUACUAAUCAUGCUCGUGUCAGAAACUGUCCAUGGUGGAAGUCGUUCUUAACUGGUAAAUCCCCAUCCUUGGGUGGUAUUCCCCAUGACGAAUACGGUAUGACUUCAUUGGGUGUACGCGCAUACGUAAACAAGAUAUACGAAACUCUGAACCUAACCAAUUCAACCGUCUACAAAUUUCAGACAGGUGGUCCAGAUGGUGACUUGGGUUCCAAUGAGAUUCUCUUAUCUUCAUCGAAUGAGUGCUAUUUGGGGAUUUUGGAUGGUUCAGGUGUUCUUUGUGAUCCUAAAGGCUUGGAUAAAGAUGAACUACUACGUUUGGCUCAUGAAAGGAAAAUGAUUUCUGAGUUUGACAUUUCCAGGUUGUCCAAUAAUGGGUUUUUCGUUCCUGUAGAUGCCAUGGAUAUUAUGCUUCCAAAUGGUACAAUUGUAGCUAAUGGUACAACUUUCAGAAACACUUUUCAUACCCAAAUUUUCAAGUUUGUGGAUCAUAUAGAUGUUUUUGUUCCAUGCGGUGGUAGACCAAACUCAAUUACUCUAAACAAUUUGCAUUAUUUCGUUGAUGAAAAGACAGGAAAAUGUAAGAUUCCGUAUAUUGUAGAAGGUGCCAAUUUGUUUAUUACCCAACCUGCUAAAAACGCCUUGGAGGAGCAUGGCUGUGUCUUGUUCAAGGAUGCUUCUGCUAAUAAAGGUGGUGUCACUUCUUCAUCUAUGGAAGUAUUGGCUUCGUUAGCUCUUAACGAUAACGAUUUUGUCCAUAAAUUUAUUGGCGAUACUACUGGUGAAAGAUCUGCGCUGUACAAGGCCUAUGUCGUGGAAGUGCAAUCGAGAAUUCAAAGAAACGCCGAGUUGGAAUUCGGCCAACUAUGGAACCUAAACCAAUUGAACGGAACUCAUAUUUCGGAAAUUUCAAAUCAACUGUCAUUCACCAUCAACAAAUUGAAUGAUGAUCUAGUUGCUUCUGAAGAGUUAUGGUUAAAUGACUUAAAGUUAAGGAACUAUUUGUUGUUGAAUAAAAUCAUUCCAAAGAUUUUAAUCGAUGUUGCUGGAUCUGAUUCUGUAUUGGAAAAUAUUCCCGAAAGCUAUUUAAAGGUUUUGUUGUCAAGUUACUUAUCAAGCACCUUCGUUUACCAAAACGGCCUUGAUGUUAAUAUUGGAAAGUUUUUAGAAUUCAUUGGAGGCUUAAAAAGAGAAGCUGAAGCGAAUGCUUGA